UUUUUUCGACGUCCAAGGCUGAAUUAUGCAUGCCGUCAUGAACAAGUGGCUACGCUUUGUUGCAACAUUCAUUUCGUCUUCGUUUAAAUAGACUUCAUUAGAAAUACUACACAAAGAGAACUGUCGUUUGCUUGCAAGAGUGAAGUGGAGUUCCCUGCAGUGUUUUGGUUUGUAAGCGUUACCCCUCCCCCACCCAAAACUUGCCUAGUUGAUGUUUGCCUCGCCAGUGUACGCUGUCAGUUGCGAGAUUUUUUGUUUUUAUUAAAGGAAGACUUACGACACUGUUUCAGUCAUAAGCUUUUCUAAGUUGCAUAUAACGAAUGCAAUGGAACUAAUGUUCGCUGAAUGGGAAGACGGAGAGCGGUUCUCCUUUGAAGACUCAGACCGGUUUGAAGAGGAUUCCCUUUGCUCCUUCAUAUCAGAAGCAGAAAGUCUUUGUCAGAACUGGAGGGGAUGGAGAAAACAAUCAGCUGGACCCAAUUCCCCUACUGUCAAGAUAAAAGAUGGACAGGUCAUUCCCUUGGUGGAGCUGUCUGCAAAGCAAGUGGCGUUCCACAUCCCGUUCGAGGUGGUGGAGAAGGUCUAUCCUCCUGUUCCGGAGCAGCUCCAGCUCCGCAUUGCUUACUGGAGCUUCCCUGAAAAUGAGGAGGACAUUAGGUUGUAUUCCUGUCUGGCCAAUGGGAGUCCUGAUGAAUUCCAGCGUGGUGAACAGCUCUACAGGAUGAGGGCAGUGAAGGACCCUCUGCAAAUAGGUUUCCAUCUCAGUGCCACUGUGGUGUCACCUCAGGCUGGCCAACCAAAAGGUUCCUACAAUGUCGCUGUCAUGUUCGACCGUUGCCGCAUCACCUCCUGUAGCUGCACUUGUGGGGCCGGGGCCAAAUGGUGUGCCCACGUGGUGGCCCUGUGCCUUUUUAGGAUUCACAACGCAUCUGCUGUGUGUUUGCGAGCACCAGUCUCUGAGUCUCUGUCCAGGCUGCAGAGGGACCAGCUCCAGAAGUUUGCACAGUAUCUCAUCAGUGAACUUCCCCAGCAGAUUUUACCCACAGCCCAGCGUCUCCUGGAUGAGCUCCUGUCUUCCCAGUCCACGGCCAUUAACACAGUGUGUGGAGCUCCGGAUCCUACCGCUGGGCCUUCAGCCUCUGAUCAGAGCACCUGGUACCUGGACGAGUCCACCCUCAGCGACAACAUCAAAAAGACCCUGCAUAAGUUCUGUGGCCCCUCCCCUGUGGUAUUCAGUGAUGUCAAUUCUAUGUACCUCUCCUCUACGGAGCCUCCUGCUGCAGCAGAGUGGGCCUGCUUACUGAGACCCUUGCGGGGCCGCGAGCCUGAAGGCAUCUGGAACCUUCUGUCCAUUGUGAGGGAGAUGUUCAAGAGGAGAGACAGCAAUGCCGCACCUUUACUCCAGAUCCUGACAGAGCAAUGCCUCACCUAUGAGCAGAUCAUCGGCUGGUGGUACAGCGUGCGGACAUCGGCCUCUCACAGCAGUGCCAGUGGGCAUACGGGCCGCAGUAACGGGCAGACAGAGGUGGCAGCUCAUGCCUGUGCCAGCAUGUGUGAUGAGAUGGUGGUACUGUGGAGGCUGGCGGUGCUGGACCCCACUAUGAGCCCACAGAGGCGUUUGGAGCUGACUGCCCAGCUCAAGCAGUGGCACCUGAAGGUGAUUGAGAUUGUAAAACGUGGUCAGCACCGUAAGUCCCUGGACAAGCUCUUCCAGGGCUUUAAACCAGCAGUGGAAUCCUGCUACUUCAACUGGGAAGUGGCUUACCCCUUGCCUGGCAUCACCUACUGUAGCACGGAUAAGAAAAGCGCCUCCUUCUGCUGGGCACGGGCAGUGCAGCAACAGCGGGGGACCAAAGCUGGCUUGUGUGGGGACCCUCUUGAGCCUGGAGGAGGGGGAAGCCGUAUACCAACCUCUGAGGGAGGGGCCACUGAACACAAGUCAAGGAGCAGCAGCGCUCAUCCACCUCAGCAGGAAGUGGCGGUUCGCCCCAAAGAAACCAUCACAAGCAAGAGGAAGGGGGUGUCAGGGGUGAGUAGCGGUGGGGUGCUGGUGCGUCUGGGAGGGAGUGUGUCCCUGUCACUUGAAGAGGGAGGGAAAAAUGUGUACAAAGCCGGUGGUUCCUCCUCCUCCAGUAGCGGGAAAGCUAAGCUGACUCAGAGCGGCAAGGCUUCGUGCAGCGGCUCAGGUGGCGGAGGAGGAAAGCAUCCCAGCGCGAAGAGACGCACCAGCAGUGAAGACAGUUCCUUGGAACCUGACAUUGCAGAGCUGAGCCUAGACGAUGGUUCCAGUCUGGCGCUGGGAGCCGAAGCCAGCAACACCUUUGACUUCUUGCCCCCUCCACCCGAGAUGCUGCCCUCUCCCAGUCCCUUGCUCCGGGAGCCUCGCAAGUACAGCGGUGGUGGCAGCAGCGGCGGCGGCAGCAGCGUCCCCAAAGACCGCGCCUUUGACGGGAAACGCGCCUCGCACGCCCCCGUUGCCCCGGCUGCGGAGGCCUCGCCCUGUUUUUCGAAAGAGGGCCCGAUGGCUGCCACGGUAACGGCCGCCGUGGAGAAAGAGGUGGAGGUGGAGGCAGAGCUUGAGGAGAACGGCGGGGACGAGGACCCUUUGGACGACACAAGGCCGUCCACGUCGGCCGCUGCUUUAGCCACGGGCAUCACCAAGCCCCAGAGAGGCUGUAGAGAAGGAGAGGGUAGCGGGGCAGCGGCCGCCCCGGGUCCUCAAGCUCUAGAGGGAGCAGAGGCGGCGGCGGGAGCAGCGGGAGGAGCAGGAGCCGGAGCUGGCGACCCAGGGGGAGAGGAUGACUACCAGGCCUACUAUCUGAACGCUGCCUCAGAGGAGGGCGCUGAAAGAGGGGUGCCGGACAGCAGUCACGAGGAAGAACCCGACAUUUUCGCCGGGAUCAAACCGCUGGAGCAAGAGGGACGAAUGGAAGUGCUGUUUGCAUGUGCAGAGGCUCUCUACGCUCAUGGUUACAGUAAUGAGGCAUGUCGUCUUGCAGUGGAGUUAGCAGGGGAUUUGCUGGCUAACCCGCCGGAUCUCAAGGUGGAACAGCCUCAAACCAAGGGUAAGAAGAGUAAGGUGUCCACUAGCAGGCAGACGCAGGUGGCCACUAACACCCUGUCCAAAGCUGCCUUCCUGCUGACUGUGCUAAGUGAGAGAUUGGAGUGGCACAACCUGGCCUUCAGUACAGGAAUGUUCUCCUUGGAGUUACAGAGACCUCCUGCUUCUACCAAGGCUUUGGAGGUGAAGCUGGCGUACCAGGAGUCCGAGGUGGUGGCUCUUCUAAAGAAAAUCCCUCUGGGCGUGGUAGAGAUGGCUGCCAUACGGGACCGAGCCGAGCAACUCCGAGACGGUAGCUUCUGCGACUACAGGCCUGUCCUCCCGCUCAUGCUGGCGAGCUUCAUAUUUGACGUGCUCUGUACUCCUGUGGUCUCUCCCACGGGGUCCCGCCCACCCAGUCGUAACCGUAACACUGAGAUGCCUGGUGAUGAGGAGCUGGGCUUUGAGGCUGCGGUCGCGGCACUUGGCAUGAAGACCACAGUUAGUGAGGCAGAACACCCUCUGCUCUGUGAGGGUACUAGAAGAGAGAAAGGAGACCUAGCUCUCGCUCUCAUGAUCACGUACAAGGAUGAUCAGAGCAAACUGAAAAAGAUUCUGGACAAGCUUCUCGACCGUGAGAGCCAGACUCACAAGCCUCAGACGCUGAGUUCCUUCUACUCAAGCAAGCCAGCCACCAGCAGUCAGAAAAGCCCCUCCAAACACGCCACCCAAGGUGCUGGUGGGGCCACUGGAGGCAUCUCCAAGCAUGCAGCACCUGUUGCUACGGGAAACUCAGCGUCCGUGCAAGGUGUGGCCGGCGGGGGUGCAGCCGGGCAGCAGGGGGGUCUGGGAGGCAGUGCAGUUCAGAACGCAGCAGCAGGAGAUGGCAUUAGUGAAAGCAGAGAGCAAGACGGAGCACAGUCCUCCUCGUGCGAGCAGCAGAGCGAAGCAGCACCCUUCAAGCCCGAGGGCACAGUGCCCAGUCGCCUGGCACUCGGGGGACGCGGGGGAUACGGCACGCGCUGCUGGGGCUCCCCCGUCCGCCAGAAAAAGAAGCAUACUGGCAUGGCUAGCAUUGACAGCAGUGCCCCAGAGACCACAUCAGACAGCUCGCCUACUCUUAGCCGCCGCCCGCUCAGAGGGGGUUGGGCUGCUGCCUCUUGGGGGCGGGGCCAGGACAGCGAUAGCAUCAGCAGCUCCUCCUCUGAUUCGCUGGGCUCGUCGUCCUCUAGCGGCUCACGCAGGGCUGGAGGAGGAGCUAGAGCAAAGAGCACGGACACCAGCAGGUAUAAAGGGCGACGCCCUGAAUGCCACGCUCCGCAUGUGCCCAACCAGCCGUCGGAGGCUGCUGCUCAUUUCUACUUUGAGCUCGCCAAGACCGUGCUGAUCAAAGCCGGCGGCAACAGCUCCACCUCCAUCUUCACCCAACCCUCGGCCAGCGGGGGCCACCAGGGGCCACACCGCAACCUGCACCUCUGUGCCUUUGAGAUUGGCCUAUAUGCCCUGGGCCUGCACAACUUUGUGUCUCCCAACUGGCUUUCCAGGACCUACUCCUCUCACGUGUCAUGGAUCACAGGUCAGGCCAUGGAAAUUGGCAGUGCCGCACUCAACAUCCUGGUGGAGUGUUGGGAUGGGCACCUUACACCUCCAGAGGUGGCAUCGCUUGCCGACCGUGCAUCGCGGGCGCGGGACCCCAACAUGGUGCGUGCUGCUGCCGAGCUUGCGCUGAGCUGCCUGCCUCACGCCCAUGCCCUCAACCCCAACGAGAUCCAGAGAGCUCUGGUCCAGUGCAAAGAACAGGAUAACGUAAUGCUGGAAAAAGCUUGCAUGGCUGUGGAGGAGGCAGCAAAAGGAGGGGGUGUUUACCCAGAGGUGUUGUUUGAGGUUGCCCAUCAGUGGUACUGGCUGUAUGAACAGACCGUGGGGGGCGGCUCAGGGAACCAGCGUGAGGCACCGGGCCGAUGCGGGGCCAACGGUGGUGCCGGGAGAAGGCCCCCCGAGGGAGGCUGCGUGGCGCUGGACAGCGGAGGAGCCAUGGACCCGGGUGGCGUUGCCGCGGUGACCGCCUCCGUCACCGCGGCAGCUGUGGUGCCAGUCAUCUCUGUGGGGUCCACCAUCUACCAGUCGCACGCUCUGCCCGGUUCCGCCAUGGCACACAGCCAAGGCCUGCAUCCCUACACCACCAUCCAGGCGCAUCUACCCACUGUCUGCACCCCACAGUACCUGGGCCACCCGCUUCAGCACGUUCCCCGGCCUGCUGUUUUCCCUGUGUCCGGAACCUCGUACCCGCAAGGAAUGCACCCAGCCUUUAUUGGCGCCCAGUACCCGUUCUCCGUGGCCACUGGCCCCCAUCCUCCCAUGGCAGCUACAGCGGUCGCCUUCCCUGGAGUCCCAGUCCCAUCCAUGACCCAGAUUGCCGUCCACCCCUACCACACAGCUGAUGCUGGCCUGCCACUCAGCACCACCGUAGCAGGUGGGGUCCAUUCAGGCUCCACCAUUCAGGCCAUUCCUGGCCUCUCCUCCCAACCCACCUCAUUGGUCAGCACACCCUUCCCUGUGGAAGAUGAGCAGCACAGCCAGCCAGUCAGCCAGCAGGGCCUGCACUACCUGCACUCUGCCUACAGAGUUGGAAUGCUGGCCUUGGAGAUGCUGGGCAGGAGGGCUCACAAUGAUCACCCCAACAACUUUUCCCGAAGUCCUCCCUAUACAGAAGACGUCAAAUGGCUCCUGGGACUAGCUGCGCGUCUUGGAGUGAACUACGUGUAUCAGUUCUGUGUGGGCGCGGCUAAAGGAGUCCUCAGUCCCUUUGUCCUGCAGGAGAUCAUUAUGGAAGCCCUGCAAAGACUGAACCCUGCUCACAUCCACGCUCACCUCCGCACACCAGCCUUCCACCAGCUAGUGCAGCGUUGUCAGCAAGCCUACUUACAGUACAUCCAUCAUCGGCUGAUCCACCUCACCCCGGCGGACUACGACGACUUUGUGAAUAUCAUCCGGAGCGCUCGCGGGGCUUUCUGCCUUACGCCGGUGGGAAUGAUGCAGUUCAACGACGUGCUGCAGAACCUGAAGAGGGGCAAACAGACCAAGGAGCUUUGGCAGCGCAUCUCCCUGGAGAUGGCCACCUUCUCGCCCUGAAACCCCCCCACCUCAGUCCGGCAGGCCAAUCCGGAAAAGACUCAGCCAGUGGCGCCAAUGGGCUCGGCUUCCGCCGCGGCCGCUAAACCCAGCCCACCUGAACACACACACACACACACACACACGCGCGCAGGCCCUCCGUCCCCCGACUCCCCUCCCCGGUGUUUCGACUUACCCAUCUCCAGUUCACAGGCAGCACAAUCAAACCUCCCUCUAGAUCCUAGAAGACUCCAGGAUGUGAGAAUGUGACGAAAACCCUGGGGCUCCACGGAGUCACAUCAGUUGACAGGUCCCUGACUGAGAUGUUGAUCCUGUCGUCAAAGUUUUAGUUUUGUGUGACAUUAAGCCCAACUGAAAACCCAGUGUUUAUUCUCGUAACUACUUUUUUUUUUCCACCAAACAGAUUGGACUGUUUUAUUCAUACCCCACUCUUUUAAGGGCAACAGAGUAAUGGUGAAUUUGUUAAAGUGGUUGUUUUGGGGA